CCAUUCAUUUUCAGGUGACUGGAAGAAAAGGCUAAUCGGGUACUCUCCGCCUGUCCGAGUGCUGCUGGUGCGACGCUGUCAGGAAAGAUCCGCGGGCCUCCGUAAAGGAGAAACUUGCCAUACCAGGCAGAAGGCACUUUCCUUAAACUAUCCGGCUUGCAGCUUCCAAAGAAGGCUUCUGAAAUCCCACAUUCGAUGACACCAGUAGCGAGAGAUCCAGCAGAGAAGACGGCGCAAAUGGUCUAGGAACAAUGGGGAAGCACAACAGCAAGCUGGCGCCUGAAGUCCUGGAUGACCUGACCAAGAACACGGAGUUCAAUGAGGCCGAACUGAAGCAGUGGUACAAGGGCUUCCUGAAGGACUGUCCCACCGGCAUUCUUAAUCUGGAAGAGUUCCAGCAGCUCUAUGUCAAGUUCUUCCCCUACGGUGAUGCCUCCAAAUUUGCCCAGCACGCCUUCCGCACCUUCGACAAGAACGGGGACGGCACCAUCGACUUCCGGGAGUUCAUCUGCGCGCUGUCCAUCACCUCGCGGGGCAGCUUCGAGCAGAAGCUCAACUGGGCCUUCAACAUGUACGACCUGGAUGGGGAUGGGAAGAUCACACGCAUGGAGAUGCUGGAGAUCAUUGAGGCCAUCUACAAGAUGGUGGGCACGGUGAUCAUGAUGCGCAUGAAUGAGGAUGGCCUGACCCCUCAGCAGCGCGUGGACAAGAUCUUCAGCAAGAUGGACAAGGACCACAAUGAUGAGAUCACACUGGAGGAGUUCAAAGAGGCGGCCAGGAGCGACCCCUCCAUUGUGCUCCUGCUGCAGUGCGACAUGCAGAAGUAG